CCCCCAGGUCGUCCUUACUGCCCGCGUCCUCGCUCCAGGCACCAUGUCCCCGGUGGGCUCCCACAGCCACACCCUGCGCCGGCUUCCUCUACCACAGUUGCUGCUGCUGCUGCUUCAGGCCUUGGACAGGGGCCUGGGCCGAGCCAGCCCAGCCGCAGGCCCCCUGGAAGAUGUGGUCAUCGAGAGGUACCACAUCCCCAGGGCCUGUCCCCGCGAAGUGCAGAUGGGAGAUUUUGUGCGCUACCACUACAAUGGCACCUUUGAGGACGGAAAGAAGUUUGACUCGAGCCAUAACCGAAGCAGCUUGGUGGCCAUCGUGGUGGGUGUGGGUCGCCUCAUCACUGGCAUGGAUCGAGGUCUCAUGGGCAUGUGUGUCAACGAGCGCCGCCGCCUCAUUGUACCUCCCCACCUGGGCUACGGCAGCAUUGGCGUGGCGGGGCUCAUCCCCCCCGAUGCCACCCUGUACUUCGAUGUGGUCCUGCUGGACGUAUGGAACAAGGCAGACACGGUGCAGGUGAGCAUCCUGCUGCGCCCGCCACACUGCCCCCGCAUGGUGCAGGACAGCGACUUCGUCCGCUACCACUACAAUGGCACCUUGCUGGAUGGCACUGCUUUUGACAGCAGCUAUAGUAGGGAUGGCACUUAUGACACCUACGUGGGCUCAGGUUGGCUGAUCAAGGGCAUGGACCAGGGGCUGUUGGGAAUGUGUCCUGGAGAGAGAAGGAAGAUUGUUAUCCCUCCCUUCCUGGCCUAUGGCGAGAAAGGAUAUGGGACUGUGAUCCCCCCUCACGCUUCCCUGGUCUUCCAUGUCCUCCUGAUCGAUGUCCACAACCCAAAGGAUACUGUUCAGCUAGAGACGCUGGAGCUCCCCCCAGGCUGUGUCCGGAAAGCCGCGGCUGGGGACUUCAUGCGGUACCACUACAACGGCUCCUUGAUGGAUGGCACUGUCUUUGAUUCCAGCUAUUCCCGCAACCACACCUACAAUACCUAUAUCGGGCAGGGCUACAUUAUCCCCGGGAUGGACCAGGGGCUGCAGGGCACUUGCAUAGGGGAGCGCCGGAGGAUCACCAUCCCCCCACACCUUGCCUAUGGGGAGAAUGGAACUGUCUUCUCCUACAGCCAUGACUAUGGGGCUCCCCAGGAGGCCACCCUGGGGGCCAACAAAGUGAUUGAAGGCCUGGACAGGGGCCUGCAGGGCAUGUGUGUGGGAGAGAGGCGACAGCUGGUGGUGCCGCCGCACCUGGCCCAUGGGGAAAGUGGAGCCCGAGGUGUGCCAGGCAGUGCUGUGCUGCUCUUUGAGGUGGAACUGGUGUCCCGGGAAGACGGGCUGCCCACAGGCUACCUGUUCGUGUGGCACCAGGACCCUCCAGCCAACCUGUUUGAAUACAUGGACCUCAACAAGGAUGGAGAAGUCCCCUCCGAGGAGUUCUCCUCCUUCAUCAAGGCUCAAGUGAAUGAGGGUAAGGGACGGCUCUUACCUGGGCAAGACCCUGAGAAAACCAUAGGGGACAUGUUCCAGAACCAGGACCGCAACCAUGACGGCAAGAUCAUAGCCGAGGAGCUCAAGCUUAAAUCAGAUGAAGACCAGGAACGGGUCCAUGAGGAACUCUGAGGGCCUGGCCUCAGACACAGAAGCCCUCUGUUAGGGGGACAGUGGCAGGAGACUGGCCUUGCCAACAGUCCCCCCCCCACCUCUCUGUUAACUCUGGGAGCCCCGGGACAAGUGCUAGGGGAGACGUCCCUGGGCUUCCCACCAGCCCUGGGUUUCAAUGCACAGCACAGACCUCGAAGCCAUUUGCUCUUCCAAACCCAAACCCCUCCCUGAGAUGCUCGGAGCUGCUGAGUCAAUUUGGGACUGCAGUGUCCAGGGUUGCCUAGCGUUAUUGCUGGCCCCACACCCACAUCUCCUAUCCUCAUCACUUGACUCUUAGCCAGGCUGAGGGCCUCAAACUUGCUCUUAGUAUGUCCUUCAAACCCCCCUGCUCCCCCCAUCCCUGCCACCUCCCAUCCCAUUCCCGUCAUGGCAGCUCUCCUGGGACAUGAAAUCAGAGCUGAGUGACCCUAUAGCUCUUCCUGGAUCCUCAGGCAGAGGCAGCCCCAGGAGGGCAGCGGGGUCAUACUGUCAGCUGGCCCUGUCACUCACCUGCCUCCUCCCAGGCACUGGACGUCAGGGUUGGGCUUUGGGGUAGCUUCUCAUCCCUAAAAAUGGCUCCUUCCUUGAAGGAACCACAGAACGAGAAGGAAAGGAAGGCUGUGUGUGAGGAAACCUCAGAUGGGCUUUAGGGGUAUGGAAAUCUUUGCAUUUGGUGCUAAUUUGGGGCUGAGGUAUGAGGGAGGUAACAGAGCUGUGGACUUUCACAAGGCUGGACUGGUGUCCAAUCCCUUUCUCCUGUGUGUCAAUAAAAGGUAGAACCUAA